AUGUCAGCGAUCCUCGACUCCCUCUUCCAGCCGGGUCUCAACGCGCCCAUGCAGCGCGCCAUGAAUGCCUCGUUCGCCGGGCUGCUGCUCGUCUUGUUGGCGCUCGCCCUUCUGACGCGCGGCAAUGUGCAUGUGUGUGCGCUGAUGGGCAUUGCGCUGGCACUUUGGGCGAGCGUGGGUUGGUUCUUGAAGGAACUGGCCAAGCUGCCACCACCUCCACCGACGGAGAAGGGCAAGGAGGCAGCAGAGCCAGGCGAGGGCAAGAUGGACGAGGAUGCGGCAGCGACGACAACGAGCAGUGGGAGCGAGGCGAGGGAAGAUAAGAAGGGCCGGUAG